GGUUGCGCCAGCACCAGACGCUAGUGUCGCGCAAAACUUUCCUACUUGCGGUCGCGCAUGCGUUUUACACGCGUCUAGAUGUGGGCGCACCUUUGAAUAUAUUCACGUAAAAUUAUCCCAUAAAUAAAUACCAUAUUUAUAUAUAGACAUUGAAGUUCCAAUAUAAUAGUAUCUUAAAACUUUUGUAUUUACUUUAAGAAGUGGACCAAUUGUAUUAAGAGCGAGCAAUAAAAAAUUGAAGUGAAUUUUACGAUAAGAUUUUUUUAUUUACUGUUGUGAAAUAAAAAAAUCUACAGACUUUCAUGUGCCGAGUACAUCAGCAAGGAAACAUACAUGUGGGAGGCUGGCUGAAGAACGAUUUUUUCCACGUAGUACGUCAUAGUCGCGUGGAAAAAACUAAUUGAUAAUUUUUAAACUGAUGUGUAAACAUUUCUAAUAAUAAUAAUAUAAGCCAAGAUGCAUUUCUUACGUUCCUUCUUUAAGCGGAUCACUGAUGAUCUCAAGCAGAAAAAACUGAUACCGCUAAAGAUAUUAUUUUUUGUACAUGCAUCAACUUUGUUUGUGCUGUAUCCUUAUUUAACAAUACAUAUGCGUGAGCUGGGCAUUAAUGUAGAGGAGACAGCUAUAAUGUCUGCUGUGACGCCAGUCAUUUCAAUAGUGAUGCCGCCGCUUGCUGGAAUGCUUGCAGACAAGAUAGGAAACUUUAGGUUACUGCUGGCUUUAUCAUCGACGUUGGGUGGAGCUUCGGCGUUGCUACUGUUGGCUGUGCCCGUAGGAAGAAUCACCGUCACUUUUCCGCCCAGUGUGGAGCUUCUGGCAACAUGCAGUGCCGACGGACUGCAUCUUCGCCAUAUGAAUGACUAUCCUUGUGUGCCAUUACAUCCCUAUGCUUAUGACAUCAAUGUCACUCUACUCUCUUGUGGCUUUGUUUGCGACCUACCAGAUGAUAUAACAUUGGAGGAAAUAGAUUCGAUUGUACACACGCAUUCUUACGAUGUACAAUUGCAGUCACCAGCUGGAUCACAGCGUCUUGUAUACCGACACACAGUAACAUCGAUGCUACCUCACAAGAUGACUCCCAAAAAGGAUCAAAGCACAACACGGAUACUGACCAAUGACCCUUACGUUAAUACGACCGUUUCAAAAGUUUCUGAUGAUCAAAUAUUCUUCCCAGCACCGAAACUUUUCUUAAUGGAAUGUUUACAUGACACUACGAAUGCAACAUGUUCUUUGGGAAGUGAUAGUAUUUUCGAGGAAAUGGUAGCGCAACAAAAAGAAAUGAAAUAUUACGUCAGGAUUUCUCAUGAGACACAAGAAACAUCGACCGACGUUCGAGAUUAUUCUGUGAGAGCUGUAUCGACGUGGAAUACAACGGAGAUUGAUGAAGGUCUUAAUGGCGUUACAUGUACAGAUAAUUUAGCUCGUGAUGGCGAGGGAGUGAGGGUGCAGACAGACACGAUGCGGUUUGGUCGAUGUGCAGCAGCGUGCGCUACUGGUGUGUCACGGAAUAAACUAUGCGACAAUCAACAGCAACAAAUAGAAUUGGAUCCAGCUUUCACCUUUUGGGUUUAUCUUGCUGUUCGGGUAUCGAUUGGCAUCAUUGGUGGGACCGCGUUCGCGAUGUUUGAGGGUGCUGUUAUUGCCAUUGUGAGAGAACAAAAGGCUGACUACGGCCUCCAAAGAGUCUACGGCAGCAUUGGAGGCAUGAUCUCUUCUCCUUUGUCAGGACUACUCAUAGACUAUGCCAGUCGUGGCAAGGGAUAUACGGAUUUCAGACCUGCUUUCUACCUAUAUGCAGUUUUGAAAGUCGCUUCUGGUAUAUUAAUGCUGAGUAUCGACUUGGAAUUUAAGCAGCCUGCACAGAACUUGCUGGAAGAUGUCAUAUCUGUUUUCAAGAACAUUGAAAUUGUGGCACUUUUUAUUGCUUGCUUUAUUAUGGGUACUGCGUGGGGCUACAUAGAGAGUUUCUUGUUUUGGCUUCUCCAAGACAUGGGAGCGUCUCGUUCUUUGAUGGGCAUCACUAUCACAGUGGGAGGUAUUGCUGGACUUCCACUGCUGGUACUCUCUGGACCUAUAAUCCGAAGACUGGGGCAUGCCAAUGUUCUUUUCAUUGGUUUCGUCUUUUAUGCUAUCAGGUUGCUAGGGUACUCAUUAAUCUACAAUCCUUGGUUGUGCCUGAUCUUUGAGGCUCUGGAAUCUGUGACGUCAUCAUUGUCGUUUACGGCCGCCGUCACGUACGCGGCGCGCCUCUCCUCCACUACCACCGAUACCUCCGUGCAGGGUCUGCUGGGAGGACUUUACUACGGUGUCGGUAAAGGUUCUGGGAGUCUAAUCGGUGGUUAUCUGAUGAAAUUCUUCGGCACCCGACCGACGUACCAGAUUUUCGCAGCAGCAACUUUUAUUACAGGAUGCAUUUAUUAUUUGUUCAAUCAAUUCUAUAUUCGUAAGAGGGUUUUGAAUCAUGAUAUCGACAUCUGCAAAAAGAAACCAGAUUUAGAUGUGGAAUGUAGAGAUACGAUAGUAACAGAUAAAGUUAAUUCAACGACAGAUGUCGCCAGUAAGAACAUUAGCAAGGAGCUCGAUAAACCUAAGAUAUUAGAUUUGAAUCAACAAAAGUCCGUCAUUGACAGCAUAGAUGGCGGCAGUGACUCUGGAGUUGAUAAUCCCGCCUACAAUGACACGGAAACAUUUUCGAACGAUACGAGAAAAGAUGAUAGCAAGUCUAACGGGUAAAAUUAAAGUAGAUAUGUAUCUCUAUAAUAGUAUAUUUCUGUUACGUAAAGCUUACAAAGUAGUUUUAGCUAUUAUUUUAUUGAAUGAGAAAAUAGGUACCUAUUAGAGGUAUUAAUUAUUGUAACUACAAAUAAAAUAUUUUUAUUACCUAUAACGUGUUUAUGUGCCAUAUUUCAUUAGAUCCUAGUAUUGUGAAUAAAGUAGCUUUUAAGUGGACCAUUGAAA